CCUAGCCAGCCUGAACAUCCAUAAGACUUUGUAGUAGCAGCUUGCGCGAAGGAGGCAGACAUCUCUUCAUCUGUCGUCUACACGACAUCACAGAUAUCAUCAGGUGACGCAAAUCCACUUGACGUCACGCACACACGCAGGAUGAGGAACGUUGCCCGAACUGCUCACCUGGCAGAGUUGAAAACCUGCUGCUUUUUCACGUGGUCUCAGUUGUACUGGCCACCAGCAUGGCCUUACAGUUAAGUAACGACGAUAUCUCAGUCAUGGAAGACGAAGGCCAGUGCGGAAAAUGCGAUGAAGUUUUCCCGUUUGUGAACAUUCUUCGCUGCAGACAGUUUCCUCGCAUUACUCAAGAUGAUUUACCGCUUUGUUCCAAGUGUCACCAACGUCUCCAUCCUACAUGCAGAAUGGGGCAAUCAGUUUUGCGCCCCCCACAUUUCGUUUGCUCGUUGUGCCAGCUACACCGGGGUACAGUCAUCUGUGCCAUGUGCACAUUAGAUGACGAGCCUACAGAUGAAAUUCUUGAAGGGGUAUUGAUGUGCACAGCCUGCAGCGACUCCAUCCACAGCCUGAAACAGUACCACAGCGAUCAUUUUUACCCUGUGGCUGGACAACAACUUAUCCCGGUCAUGGGGGCGGUGCGCUGGGAAAAUCCCUCCUAUCACUUAAGUAACAUAACAAGACAGGAAGGAGGGCCAGCCAGCCACAAGUGCUCCCAGCCUACACUAGCUUCACACCAUCACACAGCCUCCGCCAGGCACGUCCACACGCGCAAAAUUGAAGUUGAGCGCAGAAGAGAAGAGUUUCCGUGUCACAAAAAGCUGUUAAUGAAUAACCGGCAUUGUCAUAAGGACUUUGAUACUCAAACUGCUGAUAAGCAUGAUGAUAAAAUAAGCAAUGAACAGUGGGCUAAAUAUUACAAUCCCUGAAUGGCGCCGACUCAAGUUCUUUCUUUUGCGUUCCAGGGAUAAUGCUGUCAGACUUCGUUUUUCUGUGGUUAUGAAAAGGGAUGUUUUCACUUCACGUUUUUGAUGUCCCCAGAGUUCUUUCAGCGCAGCUUCCGGAGGCCACAGCUCUGUGGAUGUCUGUGUAGUGGGCCGAGCUGCAGGACAUGCUAAGGGGUCUGUAGGCCCCAGGCAAUCCAUACGUGCACGCAGUCGGAAAUGUCCAAUGCACAGGCAGAAGGUCUGCUGGAGGCUUUUCAGACCACCUGGUUGUCAGAUCGCUGGGUCGUGUUUGUUUGCCUACUGGCUUUUGAACGGUUCGUAACAAGAACUUUUGACUUCCUUCGACAGCCUUAUGGUGAUGUGUGAUACAUCACGAUAGUGUACGAAGAUCUCCCUCCCCAUUUACUGCAGAUAGCAGUAUUAAGGGAUCCUUUUUGAGCAGACGGGUUACACCAUUUCCAGGGUGAGGGUACAAGACGAGUUUGGUCUAUUAUUGAACUUCUGUAGCUUGUCCGGCAGCUGGGCAUUCCUUUGCUCACCAUCCUGGUCUCUCUCUUGAAUGGGGCAUUUGAAAAAAUGUUCUCGGCUUAGGCCGUUAGGAAGAAGCUAAGUUUCAGACCAUGCAAGAAACAAAAAUGGACACACACAAAUUUCUUAGAGUAAUUGUGACCGUGAUAUGACCAUGCUGGGCAUGCUAUAUUGUCUUUGUCCGUCAUGGAUGAAAAAAAAGAGAGGGGUGAGAUGUUUAUCCAAAUACCCAAUGAACACAGCAGUGCCAUGCAAUAGCUUUAUUCACACAAUCACUUUACUUUUUGAAAUACAUGUAAUGCACAAAUGUU